AUGGAAAAUCAAAGUGAAGGAAUUCCUUCUACCCAACCAGUCGAAGGUGAACAUAUACACCGAGCGUCCACAGUGAGUACGCUGCACCACAACAGGUUUAAAGAUUCAUUCUUCUCGAGAUUUCAUUCCUUCUUCCAUCGAGACAGUCACAUAGGUCAUGUCGGGCGUCACCCUCUGCGUGAUAAUGAGAACAUCGAGAUACACACCUGGAAUGGCCCAGAUGACCCAGAUAAUCCAUUCAAUUGGAGCAAAACAUAUAAAUGGACACUCACUCUGACCAUUUGUUUCAUUUCAAUUUUGACAGGCUUACCGGCUGGAUCUUACGGCGCCGGUAACGAUUACAUGGCAGAGCGCUUCCAUGUGCAAAAUGUGCCAUUUCCAAAUCUCGCAUGGGCUACAACAUCUUGGAAUAUGGGCGCUGCAUUCUGGCCCAUGAUCUUUGUUCCAAUGACUGAAUCAUCGGGGCGGAUGCCUGGGUACUUUGUUGCGUAUAUCAUUCUUGUCAUAUCAUUGUUUCCUUCGGCCUUUGCGAAGAACUUUGCCACGCUAGUUGUUACUCGAUUCUUUGGCGGUGGCGCCUCCUCGGUGUCUAUCAACAUUGUGGGUGGUAGCAUUAGUGAUGUCUGGUAUGGCGACAAAGCUCGAAGCUUACCAAUGUCUCUGUUUGGAUUUACCAGUGUGGUUGGAAUUGCAUUGGGUCCAUUUAUCGGAUCGGCAAUUCUACAAAUCCAUCGUAGCAGCCCGUGGCGAUGGAUCUUCGUCAUUCAGAUCAUCUACAAUGCAGGAUUAAUCCCAGUCUUCUGGUUAAUUCUUCGCGAGACCCGUGCAGAUGUAAUCUUGAAGAAACGUGCCAAAAAGCUCCGCCUCGAGACCGGCCGCCCUAUUUACGCCGAAGCCGAUUUGGACACCACCAGCGUCUUGAAGCUGAUCCAAGUUUCAUUCGAGCGCCCUACGCGAAUGCUCCUGACCGAACCCGUGGUCAUUUUCUUUACCCUAUGGGUCAGCUUCGCGUGGGGAAUUCUCUUCCUCUUCUUCUCGAGUGUCGCCCAGACCUUUACUCAUAACUACCAAUGGACUAUCAUGCAGACCGGUCUAGUUCAACUAGCCAUCUCGGCCGGAGCUGUGGUUGGCACUGUUUUGAACCCUAUCCAAGAUUUCAUCUACUUCAGGUCCGCGCGCCGAAAUCAUGAGCGUCCGGGUAACCCUAUCCCAGAAGCUAGGCUGUAUACUUCUAUACCUGGCAGUCUGUUAUUCGCGGGUGGACUCUUCUGGUACGGCUGGGGCAGUGUCGGGGACGGUUCUGUCUCCUGGAUUGUGCCGGCGCUAGGAAUUGGCUGUACUGGCGUGGGAAUCUACUCUAUCUACAUGGCUGUAGUCAACUAUUUGACUGAUGCAUACGAGAAAUACGCUGCUUCGGCGUUGUCGGCUGCUUCACUGGGGCGCAAUACUUUCGGUGCUUUCCUACCUCUUGCCUCUUACCAGCUUUUCCAAAACCUGACAUAUGGCUGGGCUGGGUCGUUGCUUGGCUUCAUCGGACUUGCCCUAUCUGUUGUGCCUGUCGUACUAGUACUUAAGGGCCCAGAUAUCCGUCGGAGAAGUCCAUUCAUGCGUGAGUCGAUGUUUGAUCCUGGCUCUAACGCUGAAAAGGACCAGUCCUCGGACACGACGGAGGUGGCAUAG